CCCGGGCCCCCUGGCUCCGCCAUGUUCCGCAGGGCACGCCUUAGCGUGAAGCCGAAUGUCAGGCCUGGUGUAGGCGCCAGGGGUUCCACCGCCCCCAACCCCCCACGUGGACAAGAGGCGCCCAGGCCCCAGGAUCCUGCAGCGGCCUCCUCCCCGAAGCUAGCGGAGUCUACAGAUGUGCCCCCGGUGGAUUGCGGGGGAUCUGAACCCCAAGAAAAGGCUCCCAGGAGCAGUGAUGAAAAGACUGACAGUGAGAAUUAUGUUGAAGAAUCCAGUAAAUCUUCCUCUACUGUUUCACAGAGAAGAAAGAGAAUAUCAAGUACUCCUACUCUGGUUAAGCCUGGUGUCACUGUUCCUUCAGAAUCUCAUCCCUUAUCUACAGUUAAUCAAGAAGUUGCACAGCCGAACCCUGUUUCAACAAAAGAGAAACAGCCAUGUUCAGACAGAUAUCGAUUAUAUAAAGCCCAGAAACUAAGAGAAAUAUUAAAAGAAGAAUUGAGGAAAGAGAAGAAGCAAUGGAAAAACAAAUAUGCCAUAAAUGAAAGUCAGAAGCCACCAGAUCGUUCAAAAAUGACUAUGAGAGAUUUCAUAUAUUACCUGCCAGAUAAUAAUCCAAUGACUUCUUCCCUGGAGCAAGAAAAGAAAACUGAAAAAUCUUUGACACCAGUCCAGACAAGAGAGCAAGAAGGUAAGAGUACUCCUGAUACGGCAGAUAAUGAAGAACUAGAAGAAGAGGUGGAUGAUGGGCCACUGCUGGUUCCUCGAGUAAAAGUGGCAGAAGAUGGUUCCAUUAUUUUGGAUGAAGAAAGUUUAACUGUAGAAGUUUUAAGGACAAAGGGCCCCUGUGUGGUUGAGGAAAAUGAUCCCAUAUUUGAACGUGGUUCUACAACUACAUAUUCCAGCUUUAGGAAAAACUAUUAUUCUAAACCAUGGUCAAAUAAAGAAACAGAUAUGUUUUUUUUAGCCAUCAGCAUGGUAGGAACUGACUUUUCUAUGAUCGGACAGCUUUUUCCUCACAGAGCAAGGAUAGAAAUUAAGAACAAAUUUAAACGUGAAGAGAAAACAAAUGGAUGGAGAAUAGACAAAGCCUUUCAGGAAAAGCGCCCUUUUGACUUCGAUUUUUUUGCUCAUUUGCUUCAGAAAGUUCUUGCUGAAGAAGAGAAAAGAAAACAAAAAUCUGUUAAAAAUCAGAGUUUAAAGGAGAAGAAAUCCUCUAAGCCAAGGAAAAAUGUAAAAGUGAAAAAAGUUGCCAGUGAAGGAGGAAAUGAUGAUCCAGAUGUAUCUCCAAGCACCAGAAUUUCAGACACAGAACCAUCUCAAAAGGAUGCUCAGAUAGUUGAAGAAGAACAGCACUCUCAGACUUUAACAGCACAGGAUUCAGAACAGAUUGCAUUAGAAACAGACCUAAAUCAAAAGAAAAGAAGAAGAAAGAAUCAGGAUGAAGUUGGUCAACAAGAAGUAAAAAAUCUUUCAGAAAAUGCCACUGUUCCGUUAGGUCAUUCUAAAGGAGAAACAUACGAAAAUAAAGGUCAGUCUUUAAGGGAGAUAAAUGAAGAUGAAGUCAAUAAGGAACAGAAGCUUUCUUGCAUACAGAAUAUGGAUGACAUUGUGCAUUUAUCCUCCAGUGAAAAAGCUGAGAAAAGAACUGACCCUAUCCUUUCAUCAAGUGGUCAACAAGAUACCACAUCAUUAGGAACUGAAGCUUCAGAAUCAAGCCCUUCAGGUUUGCCUUUAUCAGAAGCUGGAAUUAGUGCACUGUGUGAGGUGAAUAAUGUUGAAAGGAAUUAUACAGAAGAAAGCAGUGUUGACCUAAAAAAUAAAUCAUUGGAAACAGAUCAGUCAGGAAAUGUUAAACUAAUGGGAAGAAGACAACUACAGAGACCUAAACCCAAUUUAUCAAGGGCAGUUGGGAAGAAAUCUGUUCUUUCACAAGGUAAAACAGAUGCAAAGAGCAAGAGUUUACAUGCAGAAACUUCAUUUGAAAAGAAUCAUAUGGAAAAGGAUAAAGUGAAUACAUUGGACAUUUCUGGAAUGGAGAAUAUAGAGAGAGAGAACUCAGAAGCUGAGACUGUAUCUAUUUCUGGUUUGAGUGAAAAAAUUGGUCUGCAGGAAGAUGAUCAAACAAAGACUGUCAGACCAGCACGACUAAUGAGGAGCCGAUUGCAAAGGCCAAAGCCAAAUGUAGGUAAAGCUGCUGAAAGAAAAAUUCUAGCAUCACAGGAAAAAAUUGAGGCCAAUGUAAAAAAGAAUGAAAGUGAAUCCUGUGUUGCUAGAGAUAGUCCUGAACAAGUAGAAGAUCAGUCAUGUAAAAACGUUGACUUUGAAGACAUCACAUUACAGUCUGAGAAAGAAGAUAAUUUUUUCCAAAUGAAUGUUAAUGAAUGUGUAAGUAUUCAAGAGGAUAAGAAGGUCCCUGUUCUAAAGACUCGAUUUCAGAAACCAAAGCCAAAUAUAGGAAGAGGAGCUAGAAGAAGAGAAAUUUUCUCAAAGAAAGAGGUGUCAGAGGAGAUUGAAUCUGGGCAGUUCGCAGCACCUUUGAGAGAAAUUACAAGAAUGGAAGAAACCUUACCAAGGGAGAGCAUAUCAGUGGAGGCUAAUUCUACUAAGGAAAAGGAGUCCUAUUUAGGGAAAACUGAAAGUGACAAGUCUCCAAGAGAGAAAAUACCAGAAAUGAUGUCCAGCACUGUGGAAAUGGAGGCAGAUUGGAAAGAAAUAGGAGGAGAGGUUUCCCCAAGGGACACUAUAUCAGAGGUGUCUGAUAUCACUGAGGAAAGAGUGAAGAAUUUGGAAGAAACUGGAAGAGAGGUUUCCCCAAGGGAUACUGUAUCAGACGUGUCUGAUGUCACUGAGGAAAGAGUGAUAAAUUUGGAGGAAACUAAUGUUAGCAGUGAAGUACUAUCCGUGGUGCAAACACCUGAAGAAGAAGAAAAAAGUUCUGAAAAGGAACUGUCAGGUCACUUGAGUUGUUUGGAGACUUCUUUACAGACUUCUGAACCUGAUAAAACAGACGACCAGGGGAUGCUAUCUCCAGAUGUUCCAGAGCUGUUUUCAAAUACUAAUUUAAGCAAAUCUCUUCCUCAAGAGCAGAAGCCACUUGAAGUUAAACCAGCACCUUUUAUGAGAAGCCGAUUCAAGAGACCAAAACCAAACUUAGCAAGAGCAACUUUAAAGAGAGAGACUACAGAAGCAGAAAAAUAUGUACGUGGGAAGAAAUUGGAAACUGAUAAAACUGAGACUGUUGUGGUGCAGCAGACCAGUGAACAGGUGAACACUCUCCCUUCUCAACAUGGUGUGGCUUCCCUAAUGACAUCAAGAGAAAAAGACAAAUCAGGUCACAGGGAGGAGGAGACUGUAAUAUUCCCAUGUAUACAGCCUGAAAAGGACCUUUCACCUUCAAGUUCUUGUAAUCCUGAAGCGAUGUCUCAGCCUGUACAGACCCAGGAAAAGGAAUUAGUUGUUUCUAUGGGGUCUCAUAGAACAAACACUUUUCAGCAAGAAGUCAAGGAAAGCGUUAUCCCAACUGCUCGAAUAGUAAGGAGCCGACUUCAGAGACCCAGACCAAACAUAACAAAGGCUGGACCGAGGCAAAUAGAAAAAGGUGAAGCUGAAGGCAUAAUUAAGGAAGAAAGAACAGUAGUACAAAAAGAUGAAACAGAGAAGUUCUUGACUGUGCCAAGCUCUCCAGUUGGAACUGAAAUUGAAGUUGUAUCCUCCAAAGUUUCAGAAGGUAUAACGUGUGAAAACCAGAGUCACAUGGUCCUUGCAGAACCUCUUCAUCUUAACAAAAUAAAUGUUUUAGAUGAAAAGAUGAGACAUGAACCUAAAAGGUCUGUUCCUAGUCCAGCGCAUUUGGUAAGAAGGCAGUUCCGAAAGGUUAAGCCAAAUUUGGGACGAGCACAUGGUAAGAAAGAUGAGCCAGGCAUACUAAAAGACAGAGCGAAUGAGAGAGAGGCAAGGAAGCCAGAAGAUAAUUUGCUGCAGCCCCGAGAUUCUGACACCCACCUCCUUCAAAAAGAAAAGGCUGAGUUUCGGACAUCUUUGGAGGUUUCAGCAAGAAAAGAUUGUGUUGAUUCCACGGAGGCUAGUUUGGCCAAAAGCAGUACUCAUUUAGAAGUUGGACCAUCAGGAAGUGUUGGAGGAAAAACUGUAGGGGAUAAUUCUGUAUCUUCAGUUGCUGAAGAGCAGUGUCUCAGUAAACUAUCAAGCUCUCCACAGCUGUUAAAAGAAUCAAAUUACUCUAAAAUUGGUCUGGAUCGAAGAACAACUGCCUCUUCUGAGUGUGAGGUAGAUCAUGGUGGAAGGAGAAUCCAUCGCAGGAUGAAACCAAGUGUCACCAGAGGGCGUGGAUCAAAACGAGUUCGAAGUAAGACCUCUAGGAAGGAACCUCGUGCUUCCAAGGCCACGCUGGUGACUCUUCGGGCUUCACAGGAAGAAGAUGAAGAUGAUGAUGAAGAUUUUGAGCCUGAUUAUGAAGAUGAAAGUUACCAUCUUGCUCCAGAAGAAGUAAACAAAGCUCCAGUGUUUGUUCCCAUUGGUCUUAGGUCUCCCGAACCUGUUUCUGCUCAGAUCGAGGAAACAAUGGAAGAGCUUGAAAUAACUGUGAAUGUACCAGAUAUAGGCAUAGCUGUUGUUGAACAUCCACUGUCAAACACAGAUGUGACUACUCAGGAGAUGAGACAAGAAGAAAAUUUGAAGGCAUUAUCUGUCGAAAUGAACACAGAUGAACAUACCCAAGAUGAAACAGGUACCAGUGAUGGAAGCACUGAAGCUGCUAUAACGUUACUUGCAAUGGGAGAUCUAGUGUUGCAGUCAGAGAUCGGGGCAGAACAGAGUGAUGGAGUAUGUGUACUUCUUGAUGUUCAUUCAAAGGAUAAAAGCUGUGUUCCUUUUAGCCCAGAUAAUGUAAAUCACAAAAUUGUUCGUGAAUGUCAGGAGCUUUCUUCACCUGUCAAUAGUACAUCUCCUUCUUCAUUAGAAGAAAACAAGAUUGUAUUGGAAGAGCAAAGUACUAAAGAAGAAAUUGGUUUAGUGGAGAAAGUAAAGGAAAACGCUGUAUCAACCAGGAAUACAACUUCUGAAGUGACCAGUAAUUUGAGAAUAAGAAGUAGAUUUGCCAAGCCUAAACCAAAUCUUAAGACUUCAGGGACCAGUAGGUUUGGUGUUCAUCAGGAAGUUCCCAAUUUGUUUAUAAACAAAGGAGAAGUGGUAGAAAGUCAAAGAGAAACUGAGAAAAAUAUUUCUGAAGCAACGGAAUUACAAGAUGAAAACCUUGGAUCACUUAGAACAGCAGAGAGUAAGGAGCAGAGCAAAUUGGCUUGUGAACAUGGUAUUGGAGAGACUGCUAUUUCUCAAGAAGCAAAUCUAACUGAAAGAAAUGAUGAUCAGGAAGAGGAAUCUCAAAAGGUUCAGAUAUCAUCAGUUGCUCCAGUUUCCUUUGAGACAAGACCCCAUAUACUUGGUUCAGAUGUGGUUCUCCCUGAGAGUUCUGUCGAAGAGCCCCAGGGAAAGGACUCUAAAGGAGACAAUGUGCUUGCUCUUCAUAUGUCAGAGGAUACACUAACUAGUAUGCCAGAAGUCCAACAAGAGAAUGUAAUCAGUUCUCAAGACUUAACAGUGAAUCUAGUUGCUAAUGUACAUCAAGAUGGUGAGGAUGAACAAGCAUUCAUUUUAACUCUGGUGGAAAUCCCAACCAAUGCUGUAGAAGAAUUUAGUGAUACCAGUGCACAGUUAAUGCCAAACCCUUUACUGCCAGCACCCAUAUUGAUCAAAUCCGUGAAUACAGAAGAAAGGAGUGACAUGAGUGUGAGUUUUCCAGUAACUUCAGUUGGUCUGAAUACCAUGUGUUUAUCUGAUCCUGGAAAAGAUGAUUCUGAAGAGCCUCCUCCUGCUAAUUUGGAUCUUAUAUCUAGGAAGAGAUUUCACUGUAUGCUUGAAGAAAGUGACCAGGUUCCUCCUCCCAAAAAAAGUUUGCUCACUUCAGGAGAUGAUUGUCAAAAUUAUACCUCCGAGGUGUGUUCAAAGGAAAUGAUAAAUGCUUCUGAGGAAACAGGGGAGUCUUACAAGGAACAAGGUAUCUUUCCUACCUCAGGAAGCACACAUAUAACUCCAGAACCUCAGAAAGAGCAACUUGAACCAGCUUUUCAGAGUAUAGGAUCUGGGUCUCUUGAUAAAAUAACAGAUACACAUAUAGAAAAAAGUACAUCUCAGUUACCUCAGGAUGAGAGGAUUGUGUCUGCCAAGGAGGAGGGAACUUGUGCUGCUUCGAAGUCUGAACAAAUGAAUAGCAUUGCAUCAUCUUCAAAAACCCCAUUAUCCAGACCUGGCAGAAGACCCCUGGGAUUUUUGUCUUUAAUAUGUUCAAAGAAUAGUUUGGAGUCUGAUGAACCUACUCAGGUUUAUAAUAAGAAACGUCUAAAACCUCUUAUACCUGUAUCAAGAAAGAAUUUGAAAAGAUCAAAUCCGCUCAGUGAAAGCCAGAAAAAAAUCCAAGAGUCCUCUGAUCAGCCUCCAUCUCCAAGUGUUGUUGAUACUCAAUCUGAGAAUACUGGCAGUUCAGCAACUCAGGCUUCUUGUGAUCGUCCCUUACCAAAAGAAGAAUGUAAAAGUAGCCAAAACCGGGUACCUGAGGAGGAGCCAACCACAGUCUCAGAAUAUUUCUUUGGUGAUAUCUUUAUCGAAGUAGAUGAAACAGAAUAAAAGUCUUUUUUUUUUUUUUUUUAAUUUUUUUAAGUCUAGGAUUUCCAGAGUCAAAUAUCAACUAAGCAGUAUUUAGAAAAAAGCAUCACUGGCUAUUUUUCUUUAGAUUGAUUUUGAAUAUUUAAGAGCUUGAUUUGAAGCUUUUAUAAUCAGUGGAAAACAUUGCUGAGGUUCCUUUCAUUCUGAUUGAUUCAGCAUUUUGGAAAUACAAAUGUUGUAUUAAGACUGCUCAAUUAAGACUGCUUCUGCGACAGAAAUGCUUCUCUUGUUCACAUUUUGACUCUUCCUGUGCUGAACACACGUGGACAUUUUGGAGUGCUGUGGGUAAACUCUCUGUAUAAAUCACAGUGCCGACUUAUUUGGAGGUGGAUUGUAUUUAGCAUUUAGUGAACUUCUUUUGUAAAGGUUUUUUUCUGUUUUUUUGUUUGUUUGUUUUUGUGUUUUGUUUGUUUUGCUGAAGGCCUUUACAGUUGCCUCUAAGUAUAUGAAAGCAUAUUGUGAGACUCCACUUUAGUAUGGUAAAUGUUAAAAACUUUUCUAUUAUCAGCUAUUUGACUGGAAAAUAUGUAUUUUUCUAAUUCAUGUUGAUGUAACAUUAGUCCUAAUUGAACAAGUAGUAUUUAAACUUAUUUAUAAAAAUGAAACAUCAAAAAGUUUAUUUAUUUUUAAAUUUUUUAUUUAAAAGAAUAUUCAGUUUUAAUUAUUUUCACCACUCAGAUUAUGGGUAAAGACAACAUUGACAAAUUUGUGUUUGUCCCUUUUCCCUUUAAUUUUUAAAGAUAUUUAUAGUUAUAUCACUAAAAGUAUUUGGAUACAUUUUUUUCUCAUAGUUUAGUAUAUUGAAUUUGUACUGUGAAGUUUUUGUUUUUCUUAUUUUUUUGGAUAAUCUCAGGAUUUGUAUGGGAAAAAAACCCUUAAUUUAUGAGGGAGAUUUGCAUACAAAAUUCAGUCCCUUUUACACACACACACACUCACAUACAUUCCUUUUUUUAAAAACUAAUUUCUUGAUAGUUUUUUCCCCCAUUAAAUUUUGCUUAAGGGGCUCUUAGGCCUUUAAGCACAGAACAUAAUUGUGAUAUUAAAACAGAAAAUAAGAUAAUAAGAUUUUAUUUAGUCAGUGAUUAUCAUCAGUAUUAAUUUAAGGGUUGUUUUUGAUUUCAAAAUUUUGCUUUUUAUAUAUGUAAUUCCAUUAUCUACCCAAGCAAAUCUUCGGUGGUUCAAAUCAAACUUCUCAAAAACAAAUUUGUUCUUUUACUUGAAAAGCCUCAGAGCAGGAGUCGGAAACAUUUUCUGCAAAAUAUUCUUGAAUUUGCAGGCUGGAUGGCCUCUGUGGCAGCUGUUCAUUUAUGCUGUUUCAGUGUGAAAACAGCCACAGACAACACUGAAGGGAUUGACAUGGCUGUAAUGGGCUCUUCAUUUGACCCCUAUAUUAGAUAGUAAUUUUCUUACCUUAAGGUGCUGACAUUUUAUCUUUGACAUAUCUGUCAUUGAAGGUAUUAGUUGUGCAUCACAAUUAAAACUGUGAUGACUGCAUUACAAAAUGACCAGUAUUUCAACUGGGAAGAUAUUUUAAUGUCUAGAUAAUUGUGUUUGUAUAUUGAAAAAAAUAGUGGCGAAUUUUCAACUUCAUUAGUAAAAUAGGAUGUGGUUCAGCAAAUGUAACAGUAAUCCUAAAAUUGCUAUUAGAGCAUUUCUUAUUCAUUGCUUUAUAGUGAAAUUUAUAAUUUAACUUUUGUGUCAUCAAGGAGGAUCUAUAAAUCUUGAGUGGAAAUUCUCAGUAGGUAUGCAUUAAUUUAUUUCAUGUGAUUAAUACGUCACAAAAAUCAUGGUUGUCAAUCACAUAGCUAUUUUAAUGCCCUGUUUUUAUAAAUUUUUUAAAGUCUUAUAUUUUGAAACACUUUCUUUCAUUUAAUCUUAGUUUGGAUGUUAGGUUGCCACAGUUAAACUAUUAUUUUAUCCCUUGUGUAAUAUUUAUUUUUUAACUUUGUUAACAUCUGUCUCUUGUUCAACUAUAAUGAAUUCAUUUUAUGGAAGGUGUAACUUCUUACUAUAUAAAAAAAUAAUUUUAUCUUUGGGUAUUCAUUGUGUAAGAGAAUCAAGUCAGCCAAGAUAAAUUGUCCUACUAUUAUAUCCUUCAAACUAAUCUGGGAAAAUAAGAAACUUAAUCAUUGUAUUUACCUUACAAGGUGGAAAGAAUUAGUCACACCCUUUGUUUAUAUUCCUGUAAAGAUGAUGUUGUGAAGAAUUAUUUUGUAAAUCUGAAAGGAGGUAUGAAUAAUGGUCUUUGUUUUCUUGACUUUUCCUCCUGAAUACUUAUAUUUUAGCAAGUGGUCAACAUGAUGAUUUUAAAAGCUUAACUGUUGGUAAAUGAUUGAGGCACAGUUAAAAAUACGAGUAUCUGCUGCUUACCACCAUGUUAUUCAAAUUAGAAGUGACCAUAUAUACUCUCUUGCUUGAAGGAGUUUUUGACAAAAAAGCAAUACCUGUCAUUUGUAAAUUUUCUUGUUCUAAAGAAAGCAGUUAUGUUCUAUAGAUAUAAAUUAUGUAAAUAAAAGUUAUUUUAUACUA